AUGGAGAAUGAAUUCACUGAAGAUGAUAUGGUUGUAGGUCCAAUCUCUGGAAUUCGAUUUAGAGAUAACGAUUAUUUGUUUGCAUUCUACAAAGAACAUGCACGAUUAAAAGGAUUCUCCAUCGUCAAACGAAAUUCCAACAAGAAGGGUGGUGACACUGCCAGGUACAUAACUUAUUGUUGUGAUAGGGCUAGGAUUCGCAAAACCAAGUUUACCACCAAGAGUAACAAUUGUAAAGCUAGGCUCACUGUUGUUUUGGAUGAUUCUGGUUGUUGGCGCGUCUCUAAGGUUGUUCACGAUCACAAUCAUGAUUUUCUUCCUUCCAUAUCGCGCCUGAUGACUAGACAUAGGUCCGUUUUUUAUUCUUUGAAGAGGGAUCUUGUAGCUCACGAUCGAUCUGGCAUUACACCCUCCAAGAAUAUUAGACUUGCUGAGGUUCAACGUGGUGGACUGCAAAAUUUGGGUUGCACUCCAAAAGAUUGUAGAAAUUUUAUUUUAAAGAGUAGGAAUUUUGAAAUGCAAGAAGGGGACGCACAGUCACUGCUCAACUUUUUUCGUGAAAUGCAAGUUAAGGAUAUGGAGUUUUUCUAUUCAAUAGACGUUGAUAAUAUUGGUAGGCUGCGAAAUGUGGUAUGGGAGCAAUUCCAUGAUGCGAUAUGCUUUGAUACGACGUACCUUGUGAAUCGAUAUAAUAUGCCAUGUGCUACAUUUGUUGGCAUCAAUCACCAUAGACAGUCCAUCUUACUGGGAUGUGCUCUCAUGUCUCAUGAAGAUAUCAAUAGUUAUAAAUUGGUUUUUAGAACUUGGCUUGAUGCCAUGGGAAAUGUUCAUCCAGAUGCGAUCAUAACUGACCAGUGUCAGAGCAUUAAGCCAGCCAUUGCUGAAGUGAUGCCACAUACAAUACAUAGGUAUUGUAUUUGGCAUAUAUUUUCAAAGUUGCCUCUUUACUUAAGUGGUGUUCGUCCUUCUAAAAUUGCACGUGGAGAAUUUAAAUCCAUGGUCCUUGAUAGCAUUACUGUUGAAGUUUUUGAGAGAAAAUGGACAAAAUAUAUCGCAAAGUAUAAUUUGCAUACACGGAAUUGGUUCAACAAGUUUUACUCUAAGAAGGAAAAAUGGGUUCCUGUGUACCUUGAUGUAUAUUUUUGGGCUGGUAUGCUAUCUACGCAAAGAAGUGAGGGGAUGCAUGCGUUCUUUGAUGGAUAUAUUACCCGUCAAAACACUCUUAGGAUGUUUGUUCACCAGUAUGAGUUAGCUAUAAGAGCUAAGCAUGAGAAAGAGUUGAAAGCGGAAUACAGGUCAAAGGACUUUCAAAUUGUGUGUGAGUCAUUGUUCAAGUGGGAGGAGCAGCAUAUUCCAAAACGAAUCUACAAGCAUCUUCCUGAAAUAAAUAACACCGUGCUUCUUCAAUAUGGUGGCAAAGAGUGGUUUGUAGGAAUGACUAUUGGUGAACGAAGAUGGCUCAAAGACGGCUGA